GAGCUCAAGGCCAGCCUGAACCGCAUAGCGAGACCCUGCCUCAGAAAGAAAGAAAAAAAGGGGAGCACAUCAUAUUGUCUGGACGUACAUGUUUUUCCUUUACCAUUAUGAAAACCCAGGGUUUUGCAUCAAGCUACAUCCCCAGCCCUUUUUAUUUUGAGGCAGGGCCUCGAACUUUUGAUCUUCUGUUUCAGCCUCCCGAAUAGCUAGGAUUACAGGCGUGCGCCACCACCUCCGGCAAGAUGUACAGGACCCUUGAUGGACAAAUCCCAGAUAGGAUUUGAAAGAAUCACUAGAGUACCAGCGCCGAACUGAGCAAACUUGCUGGUUGCCACUGUAGCAGAGCGGACUGGGGCCUUGCCCCGCCCCUUCCGCCUUACGUCUGACGUCACAGCGCGCGGGCUCGAAGGCUUUGAUCCGCAGGGUUUAAAUGCCUCUGGGUCCGUCCAGCCGUGUAAGUAAGCGCGGCGUUUGAAAUGCAGCGAGACUUAGUGAGUUUCCCGCUGUCUCCAGCGGUGCGAGUGAAGCUGGUGUCAGCAGGUUUCCAGAGUGCUGAGGAGCUCCUGGAGGCGAAACCUUCCGAACUCAGCAAAGAAGUUGGAAUAUCUAAAGAGGAAGCCUUAGAAACUCUGCAAAUUGUAAGAAGAGAAUGUCUCACAAAUAAACCAAGAAAUGAUAGUACACCUGAUACUUCAUGCAAGAAGUAUACAGCCCUGGACCUUCUUGAGCAAGAGCAUACCCAAGGCUUCAUAGUUACCUUCUGUUCAGCCCUAGAUAAUGUUCUUGGGGGUGGCAUACCCUUAAUGAAAACAACAGAAAUUUGUGGUGUACCAGGCGUUGGAAAAACACAAUUAUGUAUGCAAUUGGCAGUAGAUGUGCAGAUACCAGAAUGUUUUGGAGGAGUGGCAGGUGAAGCCAUUUUCAUUGAUACAGAGGGAAGUUUUAUGGUUGACAGAGUGGUAGACCUUGCUACUGCCUGCAUUCAGCACCUUCAGCUUAUAGCAGGAACACACACGGACGAGGAACACCAGAAAGCUUUGGAGGAUUUUACUCUUGAAAAUAUUCUUUCCCAUAUUUAUUAUUUUCGUUGUCAUGAUUACACAGAACUACUGGCACAAGUUUAUCUUCUUCCUGAUUUCCUUUCAGAUCAUUCAAAGGUUCGAUUAGUGAUAGUAGAUGGCAUUGCUUUUCCUUUUCGUCAUGACCUUGACGACCUAUCCCUUCGUACUCGGUUGCUAAAUGGCUUGGCACAGCAAAUGAUCAGCCUUGCAAAUCAUCACAGAUUAGCUGUAAUUUUAACCAACCAAAUGACAACAAAGAUAGAUAAAAAUCAGGCUUUGCUAGUUCCUGCUUUAGGGGAGACUUGGGGUCAUGCUGCUACAAUUAGGCUGAUUUUUCACUGGGACCAAAAACAAAGGUUAGCAACAUUGUACAAAUCACCAAGCCAGAGAGAGUGCACAGUAAUGUUUGAAAUCACACCUCAGGGAUUUAGAGAUGCUGUUGCUACUUCGUGUUCAUUGCAAACGGAAGGUUCAUUGAAUUCUCGGAAACGAUCACGAGAUCCAGAUGAAGAACAGUAACCCCGAAACUUAUUUUAUGAGGACAUCAAAGUUGGGCUUACUCAGAAAGGCUUGAGAACUCGUGGAAAUUAUGUCCUACCUACUUUCAAAAUACAAAACUACAAGGUAAAAGACAAAAGCCAAAUGUAAGAAAACUUCCAUUAAGAAUUUAUAUAAAUUGGGCUAGGGCUGUAGCUCUGUGGCAGAGCACACGCCUAGCACACAUGAGGUCCUGGGUUCAUUUCCCUUACAGUGCAAAAAAUAAAUAAAUAAACAACAACAAAAACCUUUAAAAAAAAGAAUUUAUAUAAAUCAAGGUCCAAAGGGGAGGGGGAAGCAUAAUUAUUAUAUAACAAUUACUGCUGUGUUCUUUUUUUAAAAAAAAGUUAGCCAAGUAUGGUUGUGUACACCUGUCAUCCUUGCUCUUGGGGAGGCUGAGGCAGGAGGAUAACAAGUUCCAGUCCAGCUGUGGCAACUUAGCAGCUGAGACCUGGACUCAUAAAAAAUGAAAAAGGGCUGGAGAUGUAGCUCCAUGCAAGGACCCUGGGUCUAAG